AUGGCAAGGGUGUGUGGAGAUUCUUUCCUUUCCUCUAUAAAAACCAGCAGAAGCGGAAACUUGUGUAUGUCUAACACAUCUCAGGAUCAGUGUCUGAUCGGAUUUCACUUUCUGAUAUCGAAAGUCUACCUGAUUCAAUUCAUCUUUCUGAGUCUCCCCUCUUCAUUCAAUUCUCAAUUCUUCAGAAAGAAUAAUGUUUGUGAGACACGGACACAUCUGGUUUUUGAAGAAAGACGAUAA